UGCCGAGGACUGCCGCGCUCGUCGCACGAGUGGCGGCGGGGGGAGCCGCCCCGCGGGGCCGCCUCUGCCCCUUCCCCGCCGCGCCGUUAAUGGAAACAUGGCGAUGGCGGCUCCGACCGGCAGCGCGGCGCCCGUCGCCCCGGCCCUCUGCGGCCACCUGGCCCUGCUGCUGCUCCUCGCCGCCCCCGCCGCCCACGGCUACAGCUUCCCCCAGCAGCACACUAUGCAGUACUGGGCCAGGAGGCUGGAGCAGGAGAUUGAUGGAGUGAUGAGGAUAUUUGGUGGAGUCCAGCAGCUCAGAAAGAUCUACGAUGACAAUAAAAGCCUUUUUGAAGUCAAGGAGAAUGUGCCUAGGAAAUUGGUGGAGAAGGUCGCGGGGGACAUUGAGAGCCUCUUGGCCAAGAAAGUCCGUGCUUUAAAGAGACUUGCCAACGCGGCGGAGAAAUUCCAAAAGGCUCACCACUGGCAGGACAACAUCCGGGAGGAAGACAUCGAGUACUACGACUCCAAGGCUGACACUGAAUAUGACGACCCCGAUGGAGAAGAGAUCGAGAGGGAGAAGUCCAACUCCUUGAAGCUGGAGUUUACUGAUGAUGACAACUUCAAGACCAAGGUUAACUAUUCAUACGCUGCCGUGCAGAUCCCCACGGACAUCUACAAAGGCUCCACCGUCAUCCUCAACGAGCUGAACUGGACGCAGGCCCUGGAGGACGUUUUCAUCGAGAACCGCAAGGAGGAUCCCUCCCUGCUCUGGCAGGUCUUCGGCAGCGCCACCGGCGUCACCCGCUACUACCCCGCCACCCCAUGGAGAGCCCCCAAUAAGAUCGACCUCUAUGACGUGCGCCGGCGGCCCUGGUACAUCCAAGGUGCCUCCUCCCCAAAGGACAUGGUCAUCAUUGUGGACGUGAGUGGCAGUGUGAGCGGCCUCACCCUCAAGCUGAUGAAGACCUCGGUCUAUGAGAUGCUGGACACCCUCUCAGAUGAUGACUAUGUCAAUGUGGCCUCGUUCAAUGAGAAGGCAAAGCCGGUGUCGUGCUUCAAGCACCUGGUGCAGGCCAACAUCCGGAACAAGAAGGUGUUCAAGGAGGACGUGCAGGGCAUGGUGGCCAAGGGCACAACAGACUACAAGGCUGGCUUUGAGUACGCCUUCGACCAGCUGCAGAACUCCAACAUCACGCGUGCCAACUGCAACAAGAUGAUCAUGAUGUUCACGGACGGCGGCGAGGACCGAGUGCAGGACGUCUUUGAGAAGUACAACUGGCCCAAUAAGACGGUGCGGGUGUUCACCUUCUCCGUGGGGCAGCACAACUACGACGUGACCCCUCUGCAGUGGAUGGCCUGUGCCAACAAAGGUUACUACUUCGAAAUCCCCUCCAUCGGCGCCAUCCGCAUUAACACGCAGGAGUACCUGGAUGUGCUGGGCAGGCCCAUGGUCCUGGCUGGGAACCGAGCCAAGCAGGUCCAGUGGACCAAUGUCUACCAGGAUGCCCUGGGGCUGGGCCUGGUGGUGACAGGAACUCUGCCAGUGUUCAACCUGACGGAGGACAGCAGUGACAGGAAGAACCAGCUCAUCCUGGGCGUGAUGGGGAUCGACGUGGCUCUCAAUGACAUCAAGAGGCUGACGCCGCGUUACAACCUGGGGGCCAAUGGCUACGUCUUCGCCAUCGACCUGAACGGCUACGUGCUGCUGCACCCCAACCUGCGGCCCCAGAUCAUCAAUUUCCGUGAGCCAGUGACGCUGGACUUCCUGGAUGCUGAGCUGGAGGAUGAAAACAAGGAGGAGAUCCGGAGGAGCAUGAUUGAUGGGAAUGAUGGGCAGAGGUUCAUCAAGACCCUCAUCAAGUCCCUGGACGAGCAAUACAUCGACGAGGUGUUCCGCACCUACACGUGGGCUCCCAUCAAAAGCACCAACUACAGCCUGGGACUGGUUCUGCCUCCCUACAGUACCUACUACAUCCAGGCCAACCUCAGCGACCAGAUCCUGCAAGUGAAGUUACCAAACAUCAAAAUGAAGGAUUUUGAAUACCUGCUGCCCAACAACUUUGAGUCGGAGGGACAUGUGUUCAUUGCUCCCAGAGAGUAUUGCAAAGACCUCGACUUGUCGGAUAACAACACCGAAUUCCUGGAAAACUUUAUUGCCCUCAUGGAAAAGGUGACCCCAGACUCCAAGCAGUGCGACAACUUCCUCCUGCACAACCUAAUCCUGGACACGGGUAUCACACAGCAGCUGGUGGAGCAAGUCUGGAAGGACCAGGACCUCAACACGUACAGCCUCUUGGCUGUCUUCGCAGCCACCGACGGGGGCAUCACCCGUGUCUUCCCUAACAAGGCCGCAGAUGACUGGGAGGAGGAACCGGAGCCCUUCAACGCCAGCUUCUACCGGAGGAGCCUGGACAACAAGGGCUACAUCUUCAAGCCACCCUACCGAGAUGCUGGCUAUCGGGGGCUGGACCUGGAGAACAACACCAUUGGGAUCCUGGUGAGCACCGCCGUGGAGCUCAGCAUCGGGGGCAAGACUCUGAAGCCCGCAGUGGUGGGGGUGAAGCUGGACCUGGAGGCCUGGGCUGAGAAGUUCAAAGUGCUGGCAAGCAACCGGACAGACCGAGACCAGCUGGGCACCCGCCGGUGUGACCCCUCAAGCAGCUGUGAGAUGGACUGUGAGGCCAACAACAAGGACCUCAUCUGUGUCCUCAUCGAUGAUGGGGGCUUCCUGGUGCUCUCCAACCAGGAGGACCACUGGUACCAGGUGGGCAAGUUCUUCAGCGAAGUGGAUGCCAACCUGAUGUCUGCCCUCUACAACAACUCCUUCUACGCCCGCAAGGAGUCCUAUGACUUCCAGUCCGUCUGUGCCCCCGAGGCCCCCAGCAACACGGGCGCGGCGCCCCGCGGCGUCUUCGUGCCCACCGUGGCCGAUCUCCUGAGCCUCGCCUGGUGGACCUCGGCUGCAGCCUGGUCCCUGUUCCAGCAGUUCCUGUACAGCCUCACCUACAGCAGCUGGUUCCAGACGGAGGAGGUGGUGGGGGACGGCAUGGAGGCCAGGGAGACGAGCUGCAUCAUGAAGCAGACCCAGUACUACUUCAGCACCGUCAAUGCCACCUACAACGCCAUCAUUGACUGCGGCAACUGCUCCAGGCUCUUCCAUGCACAGAGACUGGCCAACACCAACCUGCUCUUCGUGGUAGCUGACAAACCCCUCUGCAGCCAGUGUGAGUCUGUCAAGCUGCUGCAGGCAGAGGUAAGAGCCCCCCCGAGGGACCCCAACCAGUGUGAGCUGGUGGACAGGCCCCGCUACCGGAAAGGCCCCCACAUCUGCUUCGACUACAAUGCAACAGAAGAUACCUCAGACUGCGGCCGAGGGGCUUCCUUCUCCCCAUCCCUGGGGGUCCUGCUCCCGCUGCAGCUGCUGCUCCUCUACUCCAGCACCAGCCGGCACCCACUGCCCCCGGCCGCCUGCCUUUAGCCCCCCGGCCGCCCCCGCCAGCUCUCUUUUCUUUCAACUUCCAUCUCCCCGUCCGUGCCCGGCCCGGUGGAGCGGGAGCGCCGUGCCCUCCGCCGCCCCGGGACCCCCGGUGCCGCCCCGCUCUCCCCGCCGGCCGCAGCCAAAGAGGAGCCGGGGAGCGGCGGGGCUCCGGCACAGCGGGCACC